AUGGCCCCCCUGCCCGGAGUCCUUCUGAGCCUGGAGUUCCUCUCUCCGCCCUCCAUCUCAGCCCAGCUGGACCCUGACAUACCCUGGGGCCAGCCUGUGACCUUGGUGUGCAGAGGUCCUGCUGGUACCAACACUUUCCGGCUAGGGAAGCAGUACAACAUGUACAGCUGCACAGAUUCAACAAAUGAGCAAUGGAACUACACGGAUCUGACAUACAACGUGUCCAGGUGUGAUCCAGGCAAGACAGAAGCCUGGUUCCUCAUCUUGGCAGUGAAUAGAAACUCCGUGGGCUUUUACCGCUGCCUCUACCAUAGAGGGGUCCGCUGGUCUGAGCGUAGUGACCCCCUGGAGCUGGUGCAACUGGACCCAGACCUCAGCUCUCAAAGCUCAAGAUGUAAGAGCCAGAGCCGGCUGAACCCCAGACUCCAAACUCUUUAUCAGUUUUCCAACCAGUUUUUCUCCUCAGAGACAGUGGAGGGUUUGCAGCAGCUCAGCAUCUCCCCCUGGUGGACGCAGCGCCUGCUCGUGGAUAAUCUGGUCACAGUGGAUGGUGCCCUGAUGCUGGGCAGGAACAGGGCCUCGCCGACCACUGCAGCAGGAGGCCCCCAGGAGGUGACCUAUACCCAGCUGGACCACUGCAUCCUCACUCAGAGACCCCCGGGACGCACAGUGAACCGAAGGGGGUACUGGUGA